GUUUGAUCCAAUCGGUGAUGGCGGUGAUGGACUCGAAGACGCCGACUUCUCUCAGCAACUAAGUAUCAUGUAAAGACAACUUUUUGAAGUCUGCGCGCCCGAAUCUUUCCAUAUCAUUCCCAAAAUUUCGGCCCUUUGUCUCUCUACCUCCAAUCAACGAUUAGCUCACACAAAGAAAAGAUCUGCUUUGAAUGUCUGCUACACAAAGAGAGGGCGGUAUUUGAGCUUGAGGCGAGACUGAACGCACUCCGAUUGCUCUCUCUUUCUGGACCCGUAUCAAGCUCUGAACUCUCCUCUCCCUCAUUCUUCGGCAGAGAAAUGGCUCCUCAGCGUACCAAGAAGCAUGGCCGAGCAAAAAGGGCGAGACUUACAAUUCCUACUAUCAAGACUCAAACGUUCACGGCUCUACAUUGCCUCUCAUUAGAGACCAAGGAUGACUCAGACCAGCAACUGGACUUUGCUAUGCUUUUCGAUAAAGUGCAAUAUCUCGCACGUAUCAGAGGGAUGAGUUCUCUCCUACAGAAACGGGCCAAACCUGUCGCAGAACAGUGGUUGGGCUCGCUACCAGAGUUGAUUCGCGUCGACUAUCAGUCAGAAACAUUUGAGAUUACGGCUGCAGGUCUUGAAAGAUUCCGAGAUAUCCUGGGUCUCGUGCACCCUUUCGCGCAAGACGAGAAAAUUUCUGUCCUUCAAUUGGACGAGGCGGUGAAUGACCAUUACCUCGGUGCAAAACAACGUAGAAAGCCUGAGCUGCUGAAGUUGGUGGAUGUACAAACGAAACAAAUGACUACGAAAUCGGUCGAGAUAGCGAAUUCCAAGCUUGAGAAUGCAAGAUUGAGACUGGAGCUUUCGAACGCACGAGAAAGAGUUCCUCUUCCCGUCACACCCCAGCGCAUCACCCGCUCUCAUUCGAUGAGUGCCGUGCCGUACUUUACGCCUGAGUCCCUUCCUCGUCUGUCGUCUCUGGCCCGCCCCGUGCCGUUGCCGUCGUCGCUAUCUACGCAGGCCUUUACUAUGGAUAUCGACGACUCGGACGAUGAGGAUCUGAUCCGCGGGAUGCUCACACGGCCCAGCACGGCGCUGCCCCAGCCGAGCUUUCGUCAUGAGAACUCCUCUGCAGAGCCUCUGCUGACCUUUUCCCGACAAAGUGUUUCAGAUCAUUUGGCCAACAAGGAUAUGGAAAUCGGUGCUUUGAGAGAACACAUCGAACGACGGGAUCAUGAGUUGGAGGCAACCUCUGCUGAGAAUGAAGUCUUGCGUCUCAGACUCCAGGACCUCGAGGACACUGCCCUCUGCGACCACGAGGAUUUCCAAGAGAGUCGUCAUAAUUUGACCAGUCUCUGGGAGCAUUCGCAAGAUGAAACAGAGCUAGUUCGCUGUGAAUUGGGGAAGUUGGAGGCCGAAUCGGCGACAGCGAGAGGAUUCUUCGAACGCUGGGGUCCCUCCUUGAUACAAAUGGGCAAUUUCGUGUCAUCAACAGUCACUCUGCGCGCUCUGGCCUGAGCGAUGGAUUACAUAGGUUCACUCGGUCUUUGUAUUGUUAAGCUACUGUAGCUUCAAUCAUGUCCUGUAACAAACUGCUUGCGCUCCGUCGCGCGCCAAGGCGAUCAAACAAGCAUGGGUAAACAUUCAGACACAGCUUUUGAUUGCAGUGCGCUCAGUCCCUUACGCCGUGGCUCAAUAACUUGUUAUAUCUAUCUGUGAGUGUUCCUUUUCGAUUACUUCCGACAGGAUGUUGUAGUAAAAGGGUCGACCUGUCCAAUCCACCGCUGGUGCUCCGUCGUCCCUCCGCUUGGUUUCCGAACCGUGAAGGUUGAAGUUCUCUGCGCGUCGCUCGAGCUUCAUGUGCCGCGCCGUAAGGCUGAACCCACAGCACUCAGACUCUUUUCAUCAUAGGCAGCUCUUCUACGAGAUCCACGGUCCAGCUGCAAAGGCAGAGUCUCAAAACACACUUGAUGUGUAUACGUUUUAUGCCAAGCCCGCGCAGACAAGCAUACACCUGCGCAGGGCGGUCUCUAGAUGUGGUUGUCUUCGGACGUCAUAUGAAAAGCCUGUCUUAAGCUUCCGAGCUGCAGGUCCAUGCUCGAGGAGUGUGGUUACUGGCUCACACGGCUGGGGCGGAUUCCGGGCGAGAUACGGGCGACUGGGUGCUGGACGGGACAAUGGAUUGGCUUCGGGAGAUGAGAUCUCAUGCAAGCCUGCUUUUGCAGCACUGAUCGUUUCUUCUUUUGCUUCUCAUUCGCUGUAACAUGGGUACUGAUUGAUGCAUCCUAGAUUCUUGAAUUCCGUGCAGGACCAUUUGUUCCGUUGCUAUACACGAUCCCUUCGUAGUCCACUUGGACUUGUGACACCGAUGUUCUCCGCCUGUCGGUCUCUUCCAUCUCGCCGUGCUUGCCUUGAUUUUCUGCAGACGGCCUUGACCGGCUUUUCUGUCGCAUUUCUGCUUUGCCGUCGCAGCCCGGACGAGUGUUCCGAGAUAGACAGGACGCAGUGUUAUGGCAUGAAAGAUACGGAAGACAUCUGGGGGAUCGCGGAUCUGUUGAGCCGAGCGUUGUUAAGAACGCUCCCCGAACCGUCGCCCUUCGAAGUCUCGUGAUCUCAUCCUCUUUCUGCUUGUCUGAAUGUUCAGGUUACGAUACUUACAUCCAGCAUCCGAUCGCGAAACUCUGAUAGACAUUCAGAAACUCCCACAGAUUCGGAUGCAGUAUCUGGUGUGUACAUAGUUUUGAGUCAACUCGCGUUGCUUUGCGCAGGCCGUUCUUUCGGCGUGUUAUCCGGGGAUGUAAUUUGUGCAUGCACAGGGAGUUCUUGUAGUGCGGACGACGGCCACACAAACACUGGGAAUCAGCGAUGAGCGGCGCCAAAUCCCGCGGAGCAUGCCGGGCCGAUGUGUGCGCUCAGCACUGAGCCUGGAUACUAAAGCUCCCAGGUAGUUGCGAGCUUCUCCCGGCCGGAUGGAAAGUGUGGCUCGCGGGCUGGUGUAAUUAUCCAAAUAAUUGCCUUCGUGGACGCAGAGUAUCCCCGGUGCCUGUGGAAACCAAGUAAUGUGGCUCGUCUUGAUGUGUACAAAUCACAAUCGUGUUCGCUGUUUGAGGAAGAAAGUCGCGACGUCCCCACAGCAACCAACACAUCCGCCCCUAUGAUCAGAUCAUCCCGAGCCAACCACUCACUACUACUCAGUCGUCCAGGCCCGGUCGCGUAACAUGUCUGCAUUUCAUUUUCUUAGUCUCUCCCUUCUGGCCGUGUAAUUAUAUUCGUCGUCCUUUUCUUAGCGGUGGUGCUGGCCGUCCCGCAAGAAACCGACUUGAACUUCGCCCAUCCAAGCCUCCCUUUCGUUUGGCUUAUGGCUUUCGUUCGUCUUGGCGUAGCAUCAUUCUUUUGGCUGCUCUUGUGUGUUUCCUCGACGCUCGCCCUCGCGUCUCCAGCACUCCCCCAAUCCGCAUAUACCCCCCGAUCGUUCACCGUCAGCAACACGACCGGGACGCCCCAAGUAUUCGAUGGCAACGGAAACACGGUGUCUCAAGGGGAUGCGACGGACGGCAGUGGAUCGAACUUCGACCUCCCUGCGCUGAUUUGGCUCGGUUUCUCUGUCGUGAUCGGGCUGCCGAUGGCUCUGGCGGGGAUCAGGGGAUGGAGGCUGACGACUGGGACGGGGCUGGGACUGGCUUCGGCUGUGUGUGUGUGGGCGGGAAUCAUCAACACCGUUAACGGCUCGGGGUUCGGCGACAUGUCGGUUGCUAGGUCGAUGAUUGUUUCUGUCCGUCGCUGACAAGCCUUCUCAGACUGCUGACGGCCGUCAUCCUGAUUAUCUUCGCGGUGGGAUUCGCACUCGGUCUGUUGGAGGUGGCCCGACUCGGGGCGAUCACUGCAAUCGCUCUUGCGGGUGGUCUUUCGUUCGGGAUGCGAAUCAUCCUCAUUCGACAGGGCUUGCUGUUCUCCUCCAAUCUCUUUGUCCUGAACUGGGUCGUCGUGGGACUCUGUGGAAUCUUCUCGGGUCUCUCGCUAUUAUUGAACCAGCGCUAUGGAUUGGUGAGCUACAUCCGGUCCAUCGAGCUCACAUUCUAACGUGCGAUACAAGCUCUUUGGAUGCACGUCGAUCGGCACAUUCUUCACUGGACUCGCCGUUGACUUGGUCCUGGAGAGACAGUCGGGAAUGAGUCUAGGACUGCGUUUGCUUUUCGAUAGCAACGACUCGCACGCGGUGGUCAGUUAAUGCGCCUCUGCUCUGAUGUUUGUCUCUGAACAAAGCCUAUUAGUUUUUCCUGACAACCCCGUAUCUUGCGCCAUUACGAACCAAAAUUGUUAUAAUUGCUUCGUUAGGGCUCAUGUAAGCUCAAUUGCCCGGCGCCGACACUUGCACUCAUGCCUCUCGACAGCCCAUUCCUGGCCUUGGCACAACAUCGAUUAUUCCCUCGGCCGUUCACCCGCCGGCCUGAUAUCUCAGACGAGGCGCUGCAGAUUAAUUAUCCGACAGAGUUUGAAGCUAAGCGGACUACAUACUUGGUCUCUCUCUGGGAUGGAGCCAGGGAGAGGCAAGGAAGUGCCCAUCGCUUCAGUGUAUAAGAUAUCCAUCGGGCGAUUCUUCGCUCACGACGCCUCAUGUACAUACAGCCAUUCUCUGGGACAGUAGACUAGUCUGUUGGAUUACAGCAGUCUCAAUGAUACAGUCAGAGAAGGCAGUGCAAUCGCUCUAAAGUAAGCUGAUGCUGCGCGCUCGGGUGUAGUUUGGACGGUCUGGUAUGGAAGGCGGGGGUGACAUCCGCCCUUGUCUGUCGCUCGGUGAUCCCCCGUUCCCAGCAUUUCGCUUGACGGGACUCCCGCUUCCGAAUCGUCCACCUAAUGGCCAUUCGAAAAGCCUUCUUGGUGUCUGCGGAAGUGCGGCUGCGGUCGUUGUGGCUAGUCGACGACCGCUAGCGAUGGCGUUCUGCCAGACACUCUUCAGCGGACCGACUUCCUGCUUGACAGCGGAUUCGAUGAGCAUGUUCUCCAUCUCAUUCGUCAGGGACAUGAUCACGUCCGCUGACGGAUUUGUCACAGGUCGCAGUUGGUUGAGAGUAAUUUGCUCGGCAGAUGGUUGGAUGACAUGCAAUUCCGAAUGUAGCAGUU